AUGGCCUCCACCAAUUCUUCUCAGCAAGUCCUCCGCGCUGUCUACCAAUCUCCUCAGCCGUCGACACGCACAUUCGAAUAUCAGCUUUCCUCCCCCAUCGCUUCCUCCAAUCCCUCAGCCGAAAACACGAAAGUUAAGGUGGCUUAUCUUUCCGAACUCAGAAGUCUGGUACCGAAGUUGCAAGAAGAAAUCAAUGUCUUUUUAACGGAACGAAUGGAAGAAGAUAAGAAGGAAGCGGAAGCACAAGGACGUCAGUUGUCUGCGAAAGAAGCCAAGGAAGAGGAGAACUACGGUGAGGAGGUGGUCGAGGAGGAUACUUAA